AUGAAUUCAAUCGAAGACGAAUGCACAGCAUUUUGUACGACCAACCCGGACUUCUGUCUUUUAGAAUACAACAGCACGACAAGCAUAUUGCACAUGAUCUAUGUUCCUGAUGACAAGGAAUUUGAUCUUCUGUAUAUCCAUUCACACGUCACAACACCGUCACGGUACAUUCUAACACUCACUGGCAAGAAAUAUGACCGUGUUGUUACUCGCUGUGUGACGACGUGGCAACUCACCCCGCCGUAUUCUUUGACAGACGCUUUAAACCAACUUGCAACGUUUUUGUAUGAUGAGAAGACACGGCUGCAAACACUCUCAAAUGACGUCUCCUACCAGAAGAAGCAGCUCUCAGACCGCCUUGACAAGAAGCGAGCUGAGAUCCGAAGAACCUCACAAGACGUCUUUUCGUUUGACACGGAAGUUGCUUACAACAACUUGAAGGCGGACAUCAUCGAGUCGUUUCUCCACAGCAAAGAACUUGGUUUUGUUAUUACCGCAGUGGAUGACAAUCCAUAUCACUGGGUGAUCGAUUUCAAUAACUUUGACACAACUACACACAUUGGGAGGGAUAUGGAACACUUAAUGGAAUUGUCUUUGUUAGACUCUGUGAAGUUGGAUCUUCAAUUCUCGUCUACGAUGUUUCCAGUCAUCCCACCAAAGUACAAUUUUGUCUCCCCAAAGCUCUACUCACACACUUUAAAAAUGAUCUUCACGUCGGGAGCGUUUGAAAGGGACGUCUACAACCCACUCACGAAAAUUGAGUUCUUAAAAAACAUCAGAAAGGUGAUUGAAAGGUACGCACAAAUCGACUUUGGCGUGUCGUAUAAUACAGUGGAGGACUACUCGACUAAAGAUAAUAUGAAAGAACAGAACUUGGCCAAACCGUUCUUGGGACAACUCAUCCAGAAGGGAAGAGAAUUCGUCGAUUUGGGUAUCGACAAAUUCAACACUUUUCAACCUAUUUGGAAACCAAAUCUAACAUAUCAGCCUUCUGCCACACCUAAAAAUCUUAUUAAAAAGGAAAAUUCAAUACAAUUCAACAGUUACUUACUCGAUAACUGCCCCGCAAUGGAAAGAUUUCUGAUUGCUAAGGAAAUGGUCAAUUUUGGUGAUAUCGACACAGACGGGUUCUUCUGUUGGCAUGGAAGUAAUGAUGUCGCUAUUAAUGGAAUUUGUAUGAACGGGUUCGACCCAAACAGACGAUGUGGCCAGGCUAUGGGCGUCGGAGAGUACUUUGCUGCGGAUCCAUUAAUCUCUGUCGGUUACUCGAAAGGUAACUCACACCUCAUAUUGGCUUAUGUCCUCAGACCAUCAAAUAAAAGUCUGCUCAUCGAAAAAAGCAAGUGUUAUGUUGUAAAUAAUCCACUCAAUUGGGAGUACUCCUACUGCCUCCCACUCCUCGUCAUCACUUUCGGUGAUGGGCAUCCAGUUAACUUCUUGGGCGAAACUGUUAACUGA